AUGUUAGUGGCAAGCUCGUAUUCAGCAGUGUCCAAUAUUGAGUUGAUGAUUUUGCAUGCCAGUGCACUGAGUGCGUAUGUCAAAAGCGUUUGUGUUGACAGUGAUAACACACAAUUUGCAAUCAAAGCUGCGCUAUCGAUUGAUUUGCGCCGCGUCAAGUCUUGA